GCUCUCUCCGCAAUAAUCGUAACGCACGUUCAUUUCGAAACCUCUGAUUGUAUCCUAGUUUGUUUUGCUCUUAUAAUUUCUAGUUCAGUUUAAUUAGUAGUUCAACUUUAAUUUCCAAUGCAAAGUAAUUAACAUAGAGUAAUUGUAAAGGCAAGUUAGUUGGCUGAUAGGCUAUUGACAAGGCAAUAUCAAAAUAGAAGACAAUAUUAGGUUAUCAUAAUAAUGUACAUUUAGAACGUAUGUUUACAUAGGAACUAAUUCCGAUAACAGAAACUAAUAAUAAUUUAUAGAAUCAAAGUUACAAUGUCCAAACCAGAAGUACUCAAAUUAUUCAAAUCUAUGAUAAGAGAAUCUAAAAAAAUAUCAUCAUACAAUUUUAGGGAAUAUGCUAUAAGAAGAAUUCGAGAUGGUUUUAAAGAAAAUAAAAUAUUGAGUAAUCCGAAAGAAGUGCAAAUUGCAAUUCAAAAAGCACAAUCAGAUUUGGAUAUAAUUAAAAGACAAGUAAUUGUUGGACAAUUGUAUAGCGCAGAAAAGUUGGUGAUAGAACAUCAUUUAAAAAAUUAGGUUUCUACGUUAUCAUAAAAUGUAAUUAAUAAAAUCAAUAAAAUGUAAUAGAUGUUCUAUAUGUCCAUAUUUUUCAAAACUAUUAUUUUUGUAUUUUAUUGCUGACUUUUUACCCGCCAUCUUGAAUUUCUCGAAAUGGUCAAGGUGGCAUUCAACGGAUUCUCAAAGUAGACAUCCUUACGAACUAAAAACUUUCGCCUUACUUCACUUCCUGGUUAAGCCAAAAAUCCCAGUUUGGCAUCCAGUCUAAUACUGAAUCCACUGUAUACUACUACUACACUAACACUGUCUACAGUGAUGUGUUUUGAUAACCAAAUCUUUGCAGAAUAAAGUUCUCAGUUUCUCUUUCAUUAGUGGUAAAUUAACAUUAAACAGGUACCGAUAAUAUCACUCUCAAGUAUAUUUUAUUGAAAUACUCUUGGUGAUCAAUGUCCUUCGUAUGCAACCGUGAACAAUUGGACUGCAAGCUUUAAAAGAGGUAAAUUUUCCAUUGAAGAUGAUGACCGAUUGGGAAGGCCAGAAAGAUACUUUUUCAUUAGUAAUAUAUGUAGAUGAUAUAAUUGUAUCUCAUCCAUGCGAUAACAUUAAUAAUUUACUAUUUUACUUCAAUAGUUUCGAUCAUGGUAUUAUAUACAAGUCUGGAAAAGGGGGUUAUUAUUUUAUGAGUAAUAAAUUGUUAUGAAUAAAAGGAGUUAAUAUGUAACAUAAUAUGUAAAACUAGUUUAUGAAUUAAAUUUUUCCUUCUAAUGUCAACAUU